AUGGCGGACUUUGACCUCGGCGCAGCUUUCAUCCCUGCCCUCCACAAACCUGCAGAGCUUUUGCCAAUAGCGAAACACCGCAAGUCUCUGUUGUAUCUCAUUGAGACAUCCCCUGUGACAAUUGUGGUGGGCCAAACAGGCUCUGGCAAAAGCACACAGAUUCCCCAGUUCCUCGAGCGCGCUGGAUGGUGUGCUGAUGGGAAGAUUAUUGGCAUCACUCAGCCACGGCGCGUUGCUGCCACAACGGUAGCGAUCAGGGUCGCCGAAGAGUUUGGAUGUGAUGUUGGAAAAGAGGUUGGCUACUCGAUACGCUUCGAAGAUGCCACGUCCGAAACCACCCGCAUCAAGUUUCUCACUGAUGGUCUUCUCAUACGGGAGGCCCUAGUGGAUCCUCUGCUCUCCCGUUACUCUGUGAUCAUGGUGGACGAAGCCCACGAGAGAUCCAUCAGCUCCGAUAUCUUGCUGGGGCUGUUAAAGAAGAUCCGCAAGAAACGGCCAGACCUGAGGAUUAUCAUCAGUAGCGCAACCCUUCAAGCAGAAGAGUUCCGCAACUUCUUCUCAGAACCCAAAGAAGAAACGCCCAACGGCAAGGAGAAUGGGGACAAUGCGUCCAUUGUCAGCUUGGAAGGGAGGACUUACCCCAUAGACAUCCUCUAUCUCGACUCGCCGGCCGAGGAUUAUCUCGACAAAGCCGUCUCCACAGUUAUCGAUAUCCACACCAACGAACCCAAGGGUGAUAUCCUCAUCAGCAAAUGUACGUGUUCGAGGAAGCGCUCCGAGAACUUCAGAAAAGUUAUAUUCUCUACCAACAUAUCCGAGGCAUCCGUGACGAUCGACGGCAUCGUCUACGUUGUGGACUCCGGCUUUGUCAAACUUCGCGCCUACGACCCGAAAACGGGAAUCGAGAGCUUGACAGCAACCCCUCUUUCCAAGGCAUCGGCAGCACAGCGAGCAGGACGGGCCGGCCGAACAAAACCCGGCAAGUGCUUCCGACUAUACACCGAGGAGGCGUAUCAGUCACUGCCCGAGGCCAAUAUCCCAGAGAUACAGCGCUCAAACCUUGCGCCCUUCGUUCUCCAGCUCAAAGCCCUGGGCAUAGACAACGUCCUGAGAUUCGAUUUCCUCGCGCCACCCCCAGCCGAGCUGAUGGUCAGGGGGCUGGAGCUGCUGUACUCACUCGGGGCACUAGAUGACUACGCCAAGCUCACCAGGCCCUUGGGCCUGCGGAUGGCUGAGCUGGCGGUUGAGCCUAUGAUGGCGAAGACACUUCUUUCGGCACAAUCAUUCGGCUGUCUGAGUGAGAUCCUGACGAUAGCAGCCAUGACGAGUCUCGGCGGGAACAUCUGGAUCCAGCAUGAAGGGGAGAAGAAGAAGACGGAAAGCGCAAAACGGAAAUUCGCUGCCGAAGAAGGCGACCAGCUCACCCUUCUAAACGUCUACCAAGCGUUCGUGACAAAGGGUCGUAAAGAAUCCCGCUUUUGUCACGAAAACCUCCUCAACUUCAAGUUGAUGGCGCGGGCGGUUAGUAUCCGGGCUCAACUAAAGCGGUACCUCGAGCGAUUCGGCCUUAACGUUGACGAGUCCCUCGCGGCACAUAGCACCUCGACGGCGAGCAACAAAGCGGAGCAGAUUCAGCGGUGUCUGACAGCAGGCUACUUCGCUCAUGCCGCGAGGAUGCAGCCAGAUGGGACGUUCCGGAAUGUUUCAGGGACGACGGUGCUCCACGCUCAUCCGAGCUCCAUCAUGUUCAACCGCAAGGCGGAGUGGGUCAUCUUCCACGAGGUUAUGGAAACGGGAAACAAGACGUUUAUACGGGAUAUCACUCGGAUCGAGAAGUCUUGGUUGUUAGAGUAUGCGCCAGAGUUUUAUAAGACUACCUAA